AUGAGAAAGAAUUAUAGAAAUUUUGGUCGUAUUGUCAGCAUGAAUGCUCGCCAGAAGGGGAAUAAGGAGUGGUGGUGGCAAAUCUCUAUAUUGGUAGGGCCAGGCAACGACGGCAAAAUCAAGUACUUCGGUGCUAUGCUAUUCUAUAUGGAGACGAAAGAAGUAUAUAGAUUUGCAUUAGAUUCUCUACAUAAAUCAAUGGGCGAGAGGGCGCCAUUGAAAACUAAGAUAAAUUUUGCCGAUGGAUUUUUGAAUCAAUCCGAUGUUAGAGAAGGACAGUUUUAUUUUGCUGAUAGCUACAAUACAUGGCAGACUAUCAGUAAGAAUCUUGGUAGGUACUACAGUGGGCGGGUGAAAAAGGCCUUGGACAAAGAUAUGCACGCCACAACACAACAACUAUGUGACCAUUACCUUGAUAUUGCCAUUGAUAUACUGUCUCAGAAGAAUGCUGCCACUGGGGUUCGAUUCUUGAAUAAGAUGAAGCAAUCAUCUGAACACAUGUUUGAAUGGGGUAUAGCUGGAAAGCUCACAAUGGGGCUUAAAGGGUCACAGAUGAGUGAAUCGUCAAAUUCUCAACUGGAAGCUUGGUUCAAGUCUUUGAUACUUACAAUGCCUAGACUUUUCACUGGCAUAUGCAAAAUUGCCAAUCAGAUGCAUUCAGCCAGUAGAAUAGCAAGAAUCAGGUAUAAUAUGAUAUGCAACAUAGGGAAGUACGAUGAUGACGGCCCGCCUAGAUUCCACGAGCCCGUUCACAUAGCAGACUGCAGAAAGUGGGGCAGUGAAAUAUGUACCGAGCGGGUUUCAGUCGAGGCGUACUUCGACCACGUGUGGAAGCUCGAGAUCAAGGAUUCGAAAGACACGAAGUUUCCUAUCAUUGACGAAAACGAUGUGGAAAACUUCGACUAUGACACCAUGGGAAUAGGCGAUGAUAAAGACAGAGACAGCGAAGAUUUGGAUGACGGUGACGGUGAAGAUUCGGAUGGACACAAAAGUGAUGAAUCGGAUGACAGUGACAAUGAUGAUGCGCAUGACGAUGCCGGUGCAGAUAAGCAACGGAGAAAGAAGUUUCACGAUUCAAGUCUCAUUUGA